CGGGAGCCGCCGGAGCACGCAGGGCGCGCUCCCUGCGGGGUUCGGGUCCGGACCCACACGCGUCGAGGCCGCGCCCGGGGCCUCAUUGGCCCUUGGGUCUCGGCGGCCCAGUCGGAGGCGAUUAGUUUAGUUUUGUUUUUUUCUGUGGCCGACGAGACGAAAAGGCAACCAUGCUUGUUUAUUAGCGCCUUUUGCGGAGGCCGCGGGAGGAAGCCUAGCGUGUCAGCUGGCUUCCUGCGGAAGUUCGCUAAGGGGACUUGCAAAAAUGGCCUAGGAGGGGCCCCCCGAUUACGAAGCCAUCUUCCUAUCUCCUUUCAUCUCCUGACUUCACUUAAUUAGCCUCACAGAGGUAGAAAUCUUGAACCCUGGAAAAACAGUACUUCAGUGACAAUUCCUAUUCCUAGCGAAGAACUAGAGCAAGAACCUAGUAUAUGAUAUUUUAACGGACUUGACAGAAUCCUUUAGGGCUUUUUUCUUUAAUCUUACUGAUGGAGUCAUGUUAGAUUUACUGUUAUCACCACGCAGGGCUUUUAUGCACGUCUGCAAAUGCCUUACUCGCUUUUGAAUACUGAGUAGACAAAUGAAUUAAUCAUAGUUGCAGCUGAUUGAUUUCCAUCCAACAGACGUUGGAGCAGUGCAAGUCCCUGGGCUAAUGGGGAGUAGUCACUGGGACGGUGGGUCCAGAGAUAGGAUCCAGCCCUGCUUCGGUGAACGAACAAUUCAUCAAUUGUUAAGAGGCUACUUUAAGAAAAAUGGCUUUGUCAGCCCAACAGAUACCCAGAUGGUUCAAUUCAGUUAAAUUGAGUAGCUUCAUUACAGCUACACAACUCAGAAAACAUUUUCAGAGACCAGGAAAAACAUUGUUGCAUGGCUUUUCUGCUCAGCCACAGAUGUCCUCUGACAAUUGCUUUCUCCAGUGGGGAUUCAAGACUUACAGGACUUCCUCCUUAUGGAAUAGUUCCCAGUCUACCAACUCAAGUAGGCAAGAGAUUGGUUCUGCCCAAAGUACUCUGCUUCCUUCCAUGAAUGAACAGACACAGAAGACACCCAACUUUGAUUCUGAGCUAUCUCUAGAAGCACUGGACGACCUGCCUCCAGUGUCUCCGUUGCAGCCAGUUUCCGAGGAGGAGGCCGUUCAGAUUAUUGCCGACCCUCCACUGCCCCCAGAUACGUUCACACUUCGAGACUACGUGGAUCAUUCUGAGACUCUGCAGAAAUUAGUGCUUCUAGGAGUGGAUCUCUCAAAGAUCGAAAAACAUCCAGAUGCAGCCAACCUCCUUCUGAGACUGGAUUUUGAAAAAGACAUUAAGCAAAUACUCAUGUUUCUUAAAGAUUUGGGUAUAGAGGAUAACCAGCUGGGAACAUACCUGACCAAAAACUAUGCUAUUUUCUCUGAAGACCUUGAAAAUCUUAAGACCAGAGUGGCUUAUCUGCAGUCAAAAAAUUUCAGUAAGGCACAUAUUGCACAGAUGGUCAGAAAUGCACCAUUUUUGCUGAGUUUUUCAGUGGAAAGAUUGGAUAACAGAUUGGGAUUUUUUCAGAAAGAACUUGAACUUAGCGUGAAGAAGACUAGAGAUCUGGUAGUUCGUCUCCCAAGGCUGCUAACGGGAAGUCUGGAGCCCGUGAAAGAAAACAUGAAGGUUUAUCAUCUUGAACUAGGUUUUAAACAUAAUGAAAUUCAACAUAUGAUCACCAAAGUCCCAAAGAUGUUGACUGCAAAUAAAAGGAAACUUACUGAGACUUUCGACUAUGUGCACAAUGUGAUGAGCAUUCCCCAUCACCUCAUUGUCAAGUUCCCACAGGUAUUUAAUACAAGGUUGUUUAAAGUCAAAGAAAGGCAUUUGUUUCUUACCUAUGUGGGAAGAGCACAAUAUGAUCCAACAAAACCUAACUACAUCUCUUUGGACAAGUUAGUGUCUGUGCCUGAUGAAAUAUUUUGUGAAGAGAUCGCCAAAGCCUCAGUACAAGACUUUGAAAAAUUCUUAAAAACUCUUUAGUUUUUGAUGAGUGUUAAAAUGUAAUAAUGUAAAAUGAAUGUAGAUAUGAAUGAAUGAUAUAUAUUUUUAAAUAAAUGCCUCAGGCCUCCUUUGAUGCUGGAAACAAUUUCUUGAUAUUGUGA